AUGAGCGACAACAGCCAAGCAAAACUAUCCCGGAAAAGCUCGGAUACCGACAGAAGGGUGUAUCUCGAUACAGAUGGUGAACGCAAUGAUGGCGAGACAUCAUUGACGGGGCCUACGAGCGGCAUGGUUAACAACUAUGUGACAGCGAGCAUUCAAUCCGCUGCUAAUGCCGUGGGACGCAUUCCCGGCACAACCAAACCAUGUGCUCGACGAGGAGAGAUCAAGUGUGUUGUGAAGCUGGGAGGCAGAGAUGUUGACUACCUCAGUUAUCUACUCUAUUUGCGCUCCAUCAGCAGGGCAUGUGAAGGCGUUGUGUCAAUAUUGGCCGCCGGCGCUGCUGACUUUUCCGACUACCGUAAAACAAUGCUCAUGUGCUCCAUUUACAUUUUUGGGGCGCUCGCAUUACCUUUCGCCGGGUUGACUGGCAACUCUUAUGCUCAUCUGAAUGCGCUGUCCACUUUAUAUGUGAUCAUUACGACCGUUGCCGGCGUGUAUCUGGUUAUUGAAGCAUCGUACAUUCCCAUUUUUAUGCGAUCCGUUGGUUUGUUUCGGCCGAGAGCCAGGCUCCAAGACGUACCGGAGACUCAACCGGAGACUCAACCGGCGGAAUCAAACAACCGAAUUUGGAUAAAGGGAAGUGUUGUUAGCGUUCUCGGCCUCGUGUCUAGUAACCUGGGAGCUAUCGUUGCUCUGCUUAUAGGUGUGAUAAUUACGUACACGAGGGGAAGCUACGUCCAAGAAGGCUACUUUAACUUUCUCCUUGCCAUUACAAUAGGCGGCUGCCUCACAAUAAUUUGCGCCAUUGUCGGUCAUAUUCUACUACCAAAUGUUCCCGGAGCAGCUCGUCCCAAGGGAAAGGCAAUAUUCUUGCUUCCAUUACGCACAUGGCUCCGAUUACUGGGUUCCAUCCGUCAAUACCCAAAUGCCUUCAAGCUCUGCAUCGGCUGGGUACUAUGGAACACUGGAUACAGCAACUUUCACUGUCUCCUUAGCGCCUUGUUCCUCGAAAUUGCGGGUAUCCAAAGAGGCAGUAACAUAUACACCGUCUACAGCUUCUUGAUGGUUAUUUUUGCAUGCAUGGGAUCCCUCAGCUGGAUGUUUGGGUUCCGCCACGCGAAACUACACAUCAAAAGCUGGGCUUACAUCUUCCCGGGGGUCAACAUCCUUUGCGUGUUUUGGGGUUGCUUGGGCAUUGGCGCCAAUGUUCCCAUUGGAUACAAACGACAGGCCGAGUUUUGGGUCGCCGACUUCCUGUUUAUGAGCACAAGCAGUGCCCUACGCUCUCUUAAUCGAGUGCUCUACGCGUCUCUCAUUCCCAAGGGGUCAGUGGCAGCUUUCUUCGGUUUGGAAAUCACGCUGGACUUGGCAACGGGUUGGAUCAACCCAUUGGUACAGGGGAUUAUUCAAAACAACACACAUAAUUUGAGAUUUCCCAUGAUACCGAAUCUGUUGCUUAUGCUGAUCUCCCUCGGCCUGUAUAUUUGGACGGAUAUCGACCAGGGCAUGCUGGACGCCGAGACACCUAUCGCUGCUGAGCGGGCACCGGAAUCUUGA